UCAAGUAAAGUUAACCUAGCUGAUGGGUUAGGUUGGAUGUUUACGCUAUCUACGACACACACUUAUCUUAUUUUGCCAUCGAUUGACAUAAGCACGCAUGAUACGAGUAGAAUACAAGUAAAUGCAAUUAUGGCUGGUGCCACAUCUUAUGUUACCUGGUUGUCGGCGACAUGAAAGAACCGUGUGACACUGACAGUUACCUGUAUUGAUAGACUGUCGACUCAGUUCAUUUUCUGAAGUAAACAACAAAAAUGGCAUCGAAGUGCAGGAAAUUUGUGCCCAAUAUCUUCAACAGAAGUAAAUGUCAGAACUGUUUCGGAGCAAAGGAUUGUCAUUCUGCAGAGGCCUUGGAAAAUAACAAGGCGUCGAGGAAAAUCUCAAAAUGUGGUUACCUGUUUGUGUCUCCCGACUUCGACUUUGCCAACCCCUUGGACAGAACAAGACGUUGGCAGAGGAGGUUCUUUGUUUUAUAUGAUGAUGCCGAGUUAACAUUCUCUGUGGAUGAAAAUCCUGAUACCAUUCCACAAGGAGUUAUUGACAUGAACAAAUGUACAGAUGUUUUGGAUGCAGAAAAAUCUACUUCACACUCGAAUUCACUAGCCAUCGUGACAUCUGAAAAAACAUACUACAUUAAGGGAAACUCAAAAGAGGAGAUACAGUGGUGGCAUGACAUACUUAUAGAAUUUCCACUCAAAUUGAAAUCGGUAAAACCAAGAAAGAAAUCUCUUUUCAACAACAAGGAGAAUGUACAGCCAGAUGCUUUGAAGGGGCAGACGAUUGAUGAACAACUUUCUCAUGGAAAGAUUGAACUGGAAAAACUUCGAUCAAGAACAGACAUCCCCAGCUUCUCUACUUUCCGGGGCGUACGCAGUCUGAAGCACAAGUAUGACAAAAACUACCAAGAUGGGUUACGCAAAAGCAGCAGUUUGCACGACCUGUCGUCUGAAGACAAGGAAUUGGCGGGUAAUUUCGCCUCGUCCCGCUUCCUCAGCUGCUCGGGUGAUAGACUGGACUACGUUAGUGCCAGAGACAAGAUGUACCCACUUGCAAACAGAAGCAAAACACUGUCCGAUUCCAAAUACUCAAAUCCAUUUUAUACCGUCCCACCAAUUCCGCCUUCUACAGCCGCGUCCACACCCAAGACUUACAACACUGCAACGUGUUCACUAUUUGAAGCGCAUCCUUCAUCAUCAUCAUCGGCAUCGUCAACACCACGGCGAGGAUCACUAGAUGACCGCCAUGGCAAACUGUCGCCGUCUGAGCGGUCGCGGCGACACCGCGAGAGAUCAACGAGUCUGAAGGAUUUUGGCGGCCACCUCUCCUUGCCACCAGCCAUCGUAAGAAGCGACAACAUCGCUGCAGAUCUGCUUUUGUUGCCCGACGACAGCACACACAGUGAGACGCUGAGUGCGGACGAGACAGAGAGCAAUGAAACUGAUGAACUGAAAAUGGCAAGGAGUUCAGAAUUUAGUGCGGCAAAUCGAAGUCAUUCGAUAUGUAGUACUCCAGUUCCAGACCCUAAAGGGACGAAAUUUGAGGAUCUCGUUUAUAUGAAGAAAGGCUGGUUAAUUAAGCAAGGAACAUCAGACAAGGAGGCCAGAAAACAUUGGUUUGUACUGGCAGGAAAUUCUCUCCGGUACUAUAAAGAUGCAAAGGCAGAAGAUGCCAAUGAUCUUGAUGGAAGGAUUGAUUUGUCGACUUGCUAUGAAGUUUCUGAAUUAAACAUUCAUCGCAAUUAUGGCUUCAAGAUCAAGACUCAGAAUGGACAGUACACUUUGGCAGCUAUGACAUCGGGAAUACGCAAUAACUGGAUGAAAGCAAUUCGACUAUGCAUGGAUCUGCACAGUGCCACCAACAAGCACAACCUGACUGGCGUAGCGGGAACACCCCUCUCGGGAGUAGUGGCUCGAGCCGUUGAUGACCUCCAACUUAGUGCCAUCCGCAGCUCGACCACUGCAGUGACAGGAACGUCGGGCGAGAUAGCCUUCCAGCUGGUUGGGAAGAAAGAUGCCAAAGAGACGAGUAAGACGGGCAGACGUCACCACUCGGACGUGAACCCAGGGAACGUCAGCAAGGUUCUGACCGUGAAGGAGUUUACCUCCAACCUGGAGCCUGUGAGUCGAGACUCAUCAUCCUCACCCGCCAGCAGUCACAGUUUGGAGUGUGACCACGUCAGUCAGAACAGCGACAGUUCAUCCAUCUCCAUGGAUUCAAUCAAAAGUUCGCCCAGGUCCCGAGUAUCGAAAAUCCCUCGCCAUCACAGUCCUUCGUCGACCAUGAGCUGGAACAGUGGCGAUGAGAUGCCGCUGAGUCGCUACGUUGAGGGCAGCGAUAAUCUGCCGGCAUCAUCGUCGACGGUGGCAGACUCGAGUCGAGUCUCAAAGCGAAGCAUCACCAGUGAGAGCAGCAAGGAAGAGGAGAAGAGAGAGCUGAUGAGGCGAGCCAAGUCGCCCAGCGCUCGCAUCAAGGAAAAGACGAGAGCGGCGAAAGCCCCCCGUCUGCACUCUCCCCCUCCAAUGGAGGACACGUAUCGGCUGAGUCUGUCCAGCUCCAGUAAAGAUGUGUAUUCCGGGGAAGCCGAGUCGCUCAGUUCCGAUGUGGACGAGGUUGAUAUGGGAGAUCAUAUAUCUCAGGAUCAGUUUCAUGAUCAGAUACAGCAUGAUGACAAUCUGAUGAGUGGAACCUCAUCUGGUGAUGACGUGCUAGUCGAGAUACUGGAGACAGAGGUUGAGUCAUUGAAAGAUCGCCUGGAAUUGUCUCAGCACCAGUUGGCCAAGAUGCAUGAAGAUAACAUUGACCUGAAGGCAAGACUACACAGUGUACACAGGGAGAAACCAGAGCAGCACCAGCCUCACAUGAUGGAAUACGGUUCCAGUCGCUGGGGACAGCAGACCACACAACAGUAUGAUCCUUCACAGGUCCAGGGAUUGAAACGUCAGUUGAAGGAUAACAAAGAAGUGGUUCAAAAGCAGAAAAAUGAGAUUGAUGGCCUAAAGUCAAAGCUAGACAUGUCUGUCUCCAAGUUAACAGGGACCGAGAAGGCCUUGUCUGAAGCACUUAAGGAUCUUAAGUUGGAGAAGGACCGGUUUAUGAAACUUAGCUCUGACUGGAACAGACGGAUUCGUAGCUUGGAAACACAGCUCAAAGAUACUUCUUCAAAGCUCGACAGAAGUCGUGACAGUUUGAUUUCUAAAGAACGUGACUGUAGAAGGGUUGAAAAUGAGUUGAAAAAUAUUCAACAGAGGACACGAGAACAGGAAAGGGAGAUUCUAAAAUUGAAGGCAGUUGAAAUAGAUUACAAACAAGUAAAGGAUAAGCUGGAAGUCAAGGAAAGAGAAGUGAGUGACUUAAAAUCCAAGAUAAGAGAAACAGAACAGCAAUAUGCACAGGUGAAAAAGGAAUAUGAUAACCAAAUACAGGAUAUGGAGAGUGAGUACAGUUCUGAAAGAGAUGACCUCGAGAAUCACCUUGAACAAAUGAAAGCAAGACUGUGUGAGGCACACGAGAGACAGGCAGCAAUAUCUGAUACUCUGUCAAACAACAUGGCAGGGAUUUUGCAUGAAAAGGAUGUAAUUAUUUCACAACUUGAAGAAAAGGUGAUAGAAAGUGACAAGAAAAUGGUUGACCUGAGUGAGGAGCUACAGGCGGAGAUGCACGAAAAUGCCGACUUAAUUCAAAGCAUGGAUGCCCUGCAGGAUGACAAAAAGCACCUCCAUGACAAGCUGGAGGAAGUAGAGGCAAAGCUAAUUAGCCUUCAGGAUAAAGUUGCAGAGUUCGAAGCAGAGAAUAUUUCAUUACGAAAACAUCUAGAAGAACUGAGGAGAGAAAACACUGCCUUAAGUGAACGACUGAACUCUGACAAACUGUCGGUGACACAUCACCAAGAAGAAAAGGGAGAACUGCAGUCGGUCAUCAGUGAGCUGAACAAACAGAUACAAGGUCUUCAGCUGAAGCUGUUGGAACGCUUCCAAGACAUUAACCAAGUGCAUUCAUCACCCGACUUAGAUGAACAUGAUCUUCUACACACAAUCAUGACGGUAGAUUCUGAGCUUAAGGACAUCAAUUUAAUGCUUCUAAAGUUAAGACAGAGCUUUGAUAAGUACCUUGCCUGUUUGGAGGGAGAGGACAAGUCACAAGUGAUUAUUCUAGCAGAUCUUGUGGAAGACAUUGGUAGAAAGUGUCAGUCUGUUCAAGAGACUCUGAAGGAAGGCUCUAUAAGCAAAAUGAUUGAGGGAGUGGAAGAUCAACAUGAAAUUACUGUAGACAGUUCAGCUGAUAGUAAGUUAAUAUUUGAGGAGUACAAAGGUUUGAAGGGCAAAUUUGAUAAGGCUGUUGCUGAGUUAAGGACACUGAAGAAAGAGAUUAAUGAGAUGCAUGAAAACUAUGACAGUUUUGAAGCAAGAGACAAACAGCUUCAGGAAACAAUUCAGUGCAUGGAGCAUGAAUAUCAGCAAAAACUCGAAAAAGUUGUUAACAGAGUGGAAGAGUUGACCAAAAAAAUUGAUGGUGUUGAAACAACGAAAUCUGUACAAUUUAAUCCUUUAGAAACUGUGUCCAAAGAUGCCAAUUCGUUGGCCAUGGACAUUGAAAAGCAGCUUGGUUGUUUGGAAGAGAAGCUUUCAUUGAUUGAACAGUCUGUUGAUAAAUCAGGGAAUCAGGACAAGGAAGUGUCUACUGCAGAGUCGUUAUCAGAGAAAGAUUGUGAGAACAUUGUUGAGAGACUUAAGGAAAUGAAGGAACAGCUUGAACAGACAAACACAAAACUGUCAGACAUUGCUGUUGGUAUUAGUGCACAGAGUGAGAAAAUGGACACCAGUGAAAAUAAUGGUGCCGGUACUUUGCAUUCUAAGAUUGUGAAUUAUGGUAAGAAAAUUGAAUCAUUGACCAGCAAGCUGCAAAGUGUGAAAUCCACAAACGGUGAUAGUAAUGGGAAAGAAAAUCCAGGUAAUCAUGAAGGUGGUGGUGAUGGAAAUCCAGGAACCCAUCAUGGAGUUGCUAUUGAUGAAUGCUUGCAAGAGAUUAAAGAAAAAUUACAGGAGAUCAAUGAGCAGCUUGACGAGCUUGAUGAAGAAUCUGAUGACAGUGGUGAUGAAGGCGAGGACCACGUGACUACGGUGGAGGAGGUCCGUGAAAAGGUCGCCAGUCUGAUGGAGUACAUCAAACAGAAGACAGCUCUGUCCCGCUCCGACUGGAGUGUCCUGUCUAACCUCAGCGGGCAGCUGAUGGUAUACAAACCAGUCGAAGGUGAAGGCGCCGAGCUCACGAAUGACGAGAAACUGAAAUCAUAUGCAGAUAAACUGGCCUUAGAGUCUGUGAUCAUUAGCGAAAUGGCAUAUCUAUUGGAGGGCAGGUACGGGCGGUGUCAGGACGAUCCAGUGUUGAAGGAGAUUGACUCCCUAAAUGGCAUGAUUCUACUGUUGCAGCAGAAGCUGGAAACAGAAAUGAGGAGUAUGAAUUUUGAGACCGGCAGCAGUGUAUUGUCUUCUUACACUGCUGUGCUGGCUGAGAAGAUUGCAAUUCACAGUCAGAUUGCAGCUGUUACCCUCGAUGCAAGUGAUGUGUCAGAGUCCGACGAGUCUCUGCAAUCCGUCCAUACUAAGGUCCUUGCCUCUGAGGCUCUCUCCAGGGCACAGCUUGAUUCUCACAUCAUCCACUGUCAGCAGAAGACUCUGGGUGAUCUGGACUCUGUCUCAACUCACAUAAUUACCAGAACUCUUGUUCAGGGAGAACUAACCUAUGCAUUGCAUAACAUCAAACAAAAACUUACAUCUCUGGAAAGAGCAGAUGAUUAUGGGGCAUACAAAGACUUCUUAUUUAAGCAGUUAGUUGAAAGACAAAGAACUAUAUGUGGUGUCAUUGAUGCAUAUCAGACUAGAAUGAUAAAAUCUUUGGCAGCUAUAAUUUCUAAAGAAGGUGAAGAGGUGGCAGUUUUCGCUGGAGCAGAGAGUGUUCUGGAGGAAGUUUGUUCUGAAAUUUCAUCAGUCAUGGAAAGGCAUAUUCAGAGUUUCAAGCAGAAGGUGCGGUCGGCGUUGGACACUGAAACAGCUCACAAGUUUGAUAUGGUUGUGAACAGCUUGAGAACUGACAGGGAAGAGAUUCUCACUAGUCUAAGGACAGAACAUGCUACACUAGACAGUGAGGAGGAUUCUGAAUGUGAGGAUAUCGAUGUCCCACUGCAGUCAUUAGAUACAACGAUAGAAAACUUUGGACAGAUUGUUUCCCAAAAAGCAAUAAUCAGGGCAGAAGUAGGUUUCGUAGAAGAGAUUUAUAAAAUGGAUAAUUCUGGUGCAGAUUUUGAUAUCAGUGACACUGAAUCUCAGUCGGAUUGUGAAACGGACACAGACAAGAACCUCAACGUCUUUGUGAAAAGCUUAAGUGAAGCAUUGUUGAAAGAGGCUGCAUCCAAAAAGGCCAUAGUAUCAAAUAUUCAAGGAGAAAACUAUAGUGAUCCCCUGAACCUUGUGCUAGCAACUCCGUCACUUGAUUAUCCACCACAUCAGUCACAUUAUGCUGCUUCCAUGGUGCGGGAAGCGGUGUUUGAGGCACAAGUGACGUACAUGAUGCUGAAAGUCAAACUACAGCAUGAGCAGGAGAUGAGCAACCUGAAGCAGAAUUACAGCAUUGGCAGCAAACCACAGAUGUCAUCCGACCACAGCCGUGACUCUGAAUUUGACUUCCAGUCGGUGCUGGUGCCCUUGGAAGAGGUUCUGGACACCAUGUAUGAUGAUGAGUGUGAGGUCCUGCACAUCCUCGAGAAGAAGCUGACCCAGCUGAAAGCUGCCCUCAAGCAGCAGAGUGCACAGAACUGGCCAGCCAUUGAGGAGCAGGUCCGACAUUUCGAGGAGACCUUCCAGAACGAGAUGAGGGUGGUUAAUGAUCGACACGAGGUCCACAUGGAAGUCUUUAAGCAGGAGGUUGCUAAGGUGGAAAAGAUGUGGGAUGAGCGUGAAAGAGACCGAGAGAGUUUUGAGAAUCGGUGCAGUGAGCUGGAGAACUACCUGGACAGCGUGAAGGCGGACCAUGAGGAGGAGGUUGAGCGGAUGAAACAGGACGUCAUGAUGACGGUGUGCGCGAUCCGGGCCAGCGAGGAGCAGUCCGAGACGCAGCUCACCGACCAGGUCCAGAAACUCACACGACUCCUAGCCACUCAGAAGGAAAGCUACAAAACAUUCCUUGAAGCAAUUAAGAAAGACUCUGGGACCAGCAAGUCUGACCUAGCCCAGAAAGUGGAAAAUCAGUUGAAACAGUUUGAAACAGAAGUUUCUUUGUUGGAUAUAGAACUUCCGUCUGUAACUACAAAGAUGUCCGUACAUGAGACGUCCGAUGGAAGUGAGGGAUCUGCAGACCAUAAGACGGAAAAUGAGGAAGAGACCUGUGAUAGUCUGGAACUGGCGCACCAUGAACACGAACUGGAACUUCUGAAGAAGGAGAAGGAGGAAGCUUUGGCUGAGGAGAUGAGAAACACAAAAGCAGCUCUUGAUGCUAUGAGAAAAGCGUAUGAAGAAAAGCUGGAUGAAGAGAAAGAGAAAUACCGGAUCGCCUUGAUGACCAUGUACACUGAUGACUACAUGAUGGAGAUUCGCCAUCGCCACAGUGACGAGAUAGAGAAGUUGAGGGAGGAGUUGGAGCAGGUGAACAUGCACUACUCCAGUAAGUGUGAGGACUACAAGAUCCUUGAACUGAAGAUCCACCAGACCAAAGAGGAUUACGAGAACCACAUCCAGCAACUCAUAAAGAGCAAUGACAAUCUAAACAGCAUGGUUAACCAGGAGAUAGAUUCACUGAAAGAUUUCAUCAGAAACAAACCGUCCUCGUCCAACAUGACAACGGGUAGCACCACCCUUGAAGAGGAGCUCUUUGAUGCACAGAUUGCUGUACGCGUAAAGGAUGCUGAACUUCAGAAGUUGAGAGCACAGGUGAAAACGUAUGAGAACAGUUUGGAAAGGGCAACAGAGGAACACCGACAGACAAUGACUCAGUAUCUUCAGCUGGUGAAGGAGAAACAGGAAUUACAAAGUAUCUACAAUAAAGACACUCAAGAUUUGAAACAGAAGCUGCAGGAGCCCGAAUCUAGACGAUUAGUCCGACGCACACCAUCCUUCCAGCAGCGAGCCCGAAGUCCAAGCCCACAAACCAGCACAUCAAGGAAAGAUUCGGAACACAGCAGUCGAGAUGUUCACAGGAGGAGGAAACUUGGUCCACAAGAUUUACGAAGAUCCAAGAGCAGUCCUUCUCUUCCAUUUGUGUUUGAUGCAAAGAACCCAACUAAAAUUCCAAGCAAGGAACAGAGAAAAUCACUGGAGAAAUCACUCUCUGGAAAGGACUUUGCACAACUUGGGAAAGUUUUGUCCAACUUGAAAGAUUCUAGAUCAAGAACGAAAAGCAACAACAAAUAAAAUGUCUUGCUCACCUUCAUACCGCCUGUCAGGACAUUCCAGAACAUUCUUUGCAAGUGCAUUUAUACAGAACUCUUGACAGAUCUUCAUCCGAGUAGAUGCUCAUAUUAAAAAAAGUCUUUUACAAAAUUCUUGAAAUUUAAAUUUGUCUAGUUCUUUGAAACUAUAUGUCAGAUUUAUAUAUAUAUAUAUAUAUAUAUAUUAUAUAUGGUGCAUACUUAUAUGUCCUUGUAAUACACAUAGUAGUUGCCUACAGUAGAAUGUGGUUCUUGUAUUUUAUUUCUUAAUAUUAUGUAACCUGCAUUUUUAAGGUUAAAAGAUCUGUGCUUAAGUUAUGCUACUUAAUUUUUGGAAUGAGAAUUAUUUAAGUUAAUACCAGAAUACUGUAAACAAGAUUCUUACUUGUGUCCUUUAAUUCAUAUUUGUCCAGUUUUCACAGUCUUUCACUUCGACCAUUUUAAUUCUGAUUUUUUUUUUUAUUCAGUACGACUAUCAUUUUUCAAUCUUUUGUUCAGUUCUUGGUUGUGAGAAUCUUGUGAACAUGUUUUUCCAUCAUUGUUGGGUUUUUCAUUAAAUCCUUUAACAUGAAUGGAUCAAAUACAUAACUUACCUCAAAAAACCAUGCCAUUCCCAUAAAAUGGUUUAACCAUGUUUUAUACCAUGCAUAGGUUGUUUUCUCAUUAAUAAAAGUGUGUAAUAAGUCUGUAUAACUGCACACUUUUUUAAAUCCCUCCUGUCACCGAUUCAAACUUCCGUAUUACAGCAUUCAAUGUCACUUACUCAUAGUAUACAUGAUUAUUGCACACUUUCAAUGUUUCGAUUGACAGCUGGUAGACCCUUGAACUGUUGCACAUGGAACUAUCAGCUGUUUAUCAAAAUGUAAAAAAUGUGUACCACUCCUAAGUGUAUGCAGUAACUUUUAACUUGGUGAAGUCAUGUACUGGUCAGAUAUGAAAAACAGUUAUAGUCAUGAAUAUAGCUAUGCCGCUGCUUGACAAACGUCACCAAUACCUAUAGUUUUAAAACUGAAUUAUUUGAAUAGUAUAAUCUGGGGAGUAGUACCACUGUUAGUCCCCUAGACGGUUGCCACUCUGAAUCCAAUCUGCAAUAUGACAUGCUUAUUAGCAGCUAGACAGCUUUAAUAUUGUUUUCUUCGGUGACAACUGAAUUGGCAAAAGAAUUUGAGAAAACACAACUACUAAGUGUGUGGUGCAAAGUACCAUUUUAGCUGCAUUUAUAAUCAACUAGUUUUGUUACUUUUGCAGAAAUAUACAUUGUUGGUGAUGUUGUCAUUUAAGAAAUGUGCAAUGAUUAUUGUUUUAAUGUUAAUGUUAAUGUUCAUAGCACUUGUCUCAUUUCAACUAUUAGGUAAUAGCUGUAAAACCAAUCAUCUUUUUAUUACAUAAUGUCUUAAGGAAAUUUUGAUGCAGCUUUUAUGUUUCUUGUAUACUAAUAUAUGUAAUGUAUUUUGUUGCAUGAUGUCUCUUCCAUCAGUAUGGCAACUAUUUAAAGUUUUAUGACAAAUUAUUUUUGGUUUGGUGCUGCCUUCUAUUUUGCAAUAUUUUACUGCUGAAAUAUUCAUGAGGACAACUAAGAAUGCUUUGUAAUUUUGCAAGCUUAAAUUGCAUCAAGAGAUUUUUAAUAUAUUUAAACAGUAUGUCACUUUAAAAAAAGACCUGCUUUUGUGCUAUUACCGGUAGAGCAGUAAUCAAAAUUAGAAUUUUGUAAAGAUUGUUUAUAUAUUGUAAUGUUGUGCAUGAAGUAAGAUUAAAAAUGGCAAUUAUGUUUUUUUUUACAAACCUGUUUGAACACUUAACAUGUAUUAUGUUUAUAUUUAAUAUAAUAUUAACCAAUAGUAAUUUGCAAAUAAUUAUUUUUCAGAUAAUAUUUCUGCUUAUAAACAAUGUUUGUUAAAUAAAAUAUUAUUGUACUUUAUUUGCUUACACUUAACCCAACUAUUGUUAGAAUAUAUACUAAGGCAUAAAAGAAAAAGUGUGUGUUUCUGGGAACCUGAUCUUACCUAGUAAAAGGGGCUGAAUUUAAUGUACAUAUUAUUUUUAUGGUCUUCUUUUUCUUAGUUUUUUUGUUAUUAAUAUAUGUGAGAAAUGAGUAAAAAUGUAGUUUAAAAAUAAUAAUAAACAAAAUACCAACCAUACCUAAUUUUGUUCAGCACAUUCUCGGAAAUACACAAUUUGUUUUUUAAGGCCUAAUGUUUUUUUUGUUUACUUACAAAUUAACAUUGUGGAUGGGUGAGGUUAUCUUGGAACUAAACUGAAAUAAAAUGUAGUUAUAUUUUUGUAUUUACAUGCAAAAUACUCAGGGUUCCUUAAAAGGAAUGAAAUAAUAUAUCAUUUAAUAUGGUAUGGCAAAACCCAACUGCUGUUUACAAUGUUCAGUAACAUUUUAGUCAUUUCAUGUGUUAAACUAGAGUUGUUUGUUCUAAAUGUAGAAAAAGAGUACAAUAGGAGUGCAUACAAGUUAGAGGAGAGAUGGGGAAAUAGUUUAGAAUAUUGUUCAUUGGAAAAAUCCACUUUCUUAAAUAAGGUUUUUUGCUGACAAGUCGUGGAUGAGGGUGCUACAGUUAACCUAAUGAUUAAAAAAACCCCUGCUAAUCUGACAUAAGCUUUGUUUUGACAAUGCUGUAUAAAAUAAGUGGUACCAUUUCCUCUUGUCCACAAAUAAUUCCUAAAUAGUCUUACUACUGGGUAAUGUAUUCUGGAUCAGUUGUGGCUUUGCCUAUUUGCUAAAUAUUGUUUUAAGAUAAUAUGAUAUUUGUUUCUCUGUUAAAUAAAUGAUAAAUGGUCUGUUGACAAUGUUCUAAAUAAUGUAGGUCAUGAUGUGGCAUCUAUGUGGCACUCGUUUUUAAAUGAAUGACACUAUCUUUUUCAUUGGAAUGUUCUCCAUUGUAAAGCUUACACAUUUCAUGUUGUGUGUAAUGUUAACAGCAUCCAAUUUCUUUUAUUGCAUUUCUAUGUAUAAUAAUAAUUCCUAUAAAACAGAAUACUUUUAUCACUAAUCAGAUUUUCAUAGAAUGUUAUUUUACAACAGUAAGUUUGAAAAAAUAAAAAAAAUAUAUAUAUAUAUAUAAUAUAUUAUAUGUAUAGUGGCAUUAACUUAUGAUCUUAGAAAGUAAACUUUUAGAUUUGUCACAUUUGUUGAUCAUGAAUGACAUAUUCAGGUACCAAUAAAAAUAAAUAAAUAUGUUUGUUUGGGGACAAAUUAUUUUAAUUUAAAUUUAAAUUGACUACCAGAUUUGUUCUAUUAUGAAUUAAAUGUGAUUUUGAAUAAUCUAAAAGUGCUAGUAGUAAAUAAAAAAAAGACAACUUCCUCUCAUUGCCAUGGGAACCCAAUUACAUGUACCAUAUUUCCAUUUCUGAGAUAUUAUUUUUCCUAUCUUGGUUGUGAUGUCAUUUUAUCUUGCCAUCAAUCUUUUUAUACUGGUAAAUACAUCUACCUUCAUUCUGGUGAUAUAUCAAUUGUACAUAAAUAAAUAAAUAUGCAGUGUGUGUGCGUGCGUGCGUGUGUGUGUGUGUGUGUGUGUGUGUGUGUGUGUGUGUGCAUGUGUUUGCUUAUCAUUUAUGUUCCCACAACAAUGUUUAUUGUGAUGUCUCAUGUCCGUUGUGCAGUAUAAUGUUUGUGAUAUACAUACGGUUUAAUCUAUCAUAUACACAUGUAUAACCAUCUGGAAAUGUCGGGAAUUUAUCAAAAUGCAUUGGUUUUGUUUUGUCCAUACAUAUUAACUGAACAUAUCUUUAAACUAUCUGAUACUCUACUUUACAGACAAUAAUAAAGGUAUAUAUUUUGAA